AUGUCUCUUCCCCUGAGGCCGGAGCUGUAUAGCUUAUCGGGGGACGAAGCCGCAUUCUUCAAAUCGGAAACUGGUAUAGAAGAUGACGAUGAAUUGAAAAGCCACAUACUGACCGUACAGGCAGAAGCUUACAAGAUACGACCGUAUCCUUGUAUACGCAUAUUCUCUUUUAUGAGGUUAAAAAUCUCGAGGCAUCCUUCAUAUCAACGUUUUUUGGCCAUCGGGCGCAAGCGCAAAGAUGCUAUAUACGCCGAAAUCGGGUGCUGUUUUGGUAACGAUGUUCGGAAAGCAGUCGUAGAUGGAUUUCCAGUAAAUCAAAUUAUCGCCACUGACUUACACCCAGAAUUUUGGACGCUUGGGCACAGACUUUUCAAGAGCACACCGGACAGCUUCCCGGCACGUUUUAUUGCAGCAGAUGUCUUCCAGUGCUUGUCGGCGGACAACACUCCCGUCAACACCCCCAUUUCAGAAAUACAGUCACUUGGCCAACUCAGAGGACACAUAUCUGCUAUUCACACAGCCGCCGUCUUCCAUCUCUUCAACGAGGAACAGCAGCUUCAGCUGGGAAAAAUCAUGGCUAUAUUGCUAUCGUCGACUCCAGGAUCAAUGAUAUUCGGAACACACAUCGGUCUACCAACUAAAGGCCACCGCGAAGAGCCUGUCGCUCUGGGUGGCCGCACCCAUUGCAUGUUUUGUCACUCACCUGAGACGUGGCGGUCUCUCUGGGACGGCGGAAUAUUCCCCAAAGGCGCUGUCGACGUUGAGGUUAGCUUGAAGGAGCUCGAUCGUCCGGAUCUCGCUGGAGCCAAGUUCUACAUGCUUGUGUGGUGUAUAACAGUGCUAUAG